AUGUCGGCUGCUCCAACGACCCUCUCCCCCACUGAAGCCUAUGAUCGCGAGUGCCUUCUCAACGAUCUCCAGUUCACUUUCCUUAUGGAUGAGGUCGGAAAGCAUCUUUCGGAGGCCAUUUGCGGAUUCGGUAAGUCAUUCUCAUCGUCCUUUUGUCAUCUGAAUCCGUCAGGCAUCCUUCUGAACUCCCUCCUCAUCUAUAUCAUCUUCAAACGCACUCCCGUCCACAUGAAGAGCUACGCCGUGCUGCUCUUCAACUUUGCCAUCUUCGAUCUCCUCACCUGUGUCGCCUCUCUGUUUGCCUGUCAAAAAACCGUCUUCUCCGGUCUCUCGCUCACUUACAUCUUCCACGGUCCGUGCAAAUACGUGGCUCCGUCGCUCUGCUACUUCUGCCACUGUUUCGUGUGCCACGCGAUGGCUCACUCGCAGUGGAUCCUUCUGGUACCUUCAAAAACCUAAAAGCCGACAAGUUCAGCUCCGAGUUCAGAUCUCAUUCAUCUACCGCUACCGUAUCCUGUUCGACGAGGCUCCGUCCGUUAAGAAGAUGUCGCUUACCGUCAUCGCGUUCUAUUCCAUGUCUUUCGUAGUCUUUGUAAGCAGAGGUGUAAGGUGUAAGCAAGCGGGAAACCCCCAACUUGCAGUUGUUCUACUAUCUUGACAUCGGCGACACUAACGAGUUAAAGAAGAUCAUGUCUAAUUUGCAUCCGCAGAAUCACUACGACGAUGAGUCCAUCUGGGGAGGUGAGUCGGGAAUUCCUAUUGUGAUUCUGACUGACUUUCCAUAGAUCUGACUGUGAGCGGCAACACCACAAUCUUGACGAUUUCUUCGCUCACUGCCAUAAUUUACAUGACUUUCACUUGUGUUCCCAUCUACUUCAUCAUCCAUUACUUCCGAAACAAGGUAAGAAGAGGAUAGAGACGGUAAGUAGGCGGUAUAUUUCAGACGUUGAGCACUCUGGCGAGCAGUGCUCUCAACAUGUCGCCCGCCACGAAGGCUUCCCACGCCAAGUUGGUGCUCGCCCUGUCCAUCCAAGCCACAAUUCCGCUGAUCUGGCUGCUCGCCUCGGGAAUCUUCACGCUCGCAGAAUUCGGUUUCAUCUCCGGCCCGAUCCCGGAGAACAUGACGUUCCGUCUGAUGGACUGCAUCCCCGCGUCGAGCCCCGUCGUCGCGUUCAUCUUCAUCGCUCCGUACCGCGAGGGACUGCUCCGUCUCGUCUCGAAGACGGGUAUCUACCGUCGCAAGGAGACGCGCGUCUCGAGCAUCAUCGAGGUGAGCCACUGGCCGGGGGUGUCUUGCGUUUUUGUUUUUUUCCGUUCCGUUUUCAGUUCUCACUUCAGUUUGAUCUGUUCUUCGAAAUAGGGAGAAUUGCCUUGACACUUCCUGGCUUGAACCUUGGUUUUGCUAUACCUCUUUUUGAAUCAUUCAGAAAUUCAGCCAACCCAAGCAGCCACAACCCAAUCCGAGCUCCAAGACGAACUGA